AAUAAUGGGGGUAUGAGUGGGGAACCCGAUUAAAUCGAUUUUUUGGGACUAUAUAAGGUCCAGCCUCUGCCAUCGAAAGACAUCAGUUCUCUCUCGACUCAAGUUAGUCACAUAAAUUCACCAAAAAUCAACAUGAAGAUGAUCAUUGUCCUCGCUGCCCUCGUGGCCAUCGCAACCGCUGCUCCCCAGCGUCCCCAACAAUCGGAGGUUGUCAUCGUGAAGCAAAGCGAACACAACAACGCCGGUCUCCCAGAGCCAUACAACUACAAUUAUGAAUUGUCUGACGGGAGCCAGAAACAGGAAGAGGCCUCAUUCGAAAGCGCCACCAAUGAGGAAGGCAAGCCCGUCCCAGCCAUCGUCGUCAGGGGGAGCUACAGCUUCGUCGGCGAGGAUGGAGUGACCUACACCGUUACUUACACCGCUGACAAGGACGGAUUCCACCCAGUCGGUGAUCAUCUUCCUGUUGCCCCGGUUGCCUAAACUUGCUUGUGAUGAAAAUGGAUAAUGCAUUUUAAAUUUUAAUAAAUUACGUAUUUUAUCAAAA